AUGAAUAUUUAAGAGGGAACAAGUAAUCAUAUUUAAAAACCAACAGAAGGGGAUUCAUAAUAUUAAAUAAUUAUAAAUAAGGAAUAAGAAAUAACUCGACAAUAACUAGUUAUUAAAUUGUAAGAUUAGAAUAUCAAAUUCACUGUACCAGACACUGAAGAAGCUUAAGAAUUAACUUUUCUAUUAGAGUAAAAGCAAAAAUUACAAAAUCCAUUAGAGCCAGGUUAUGUAGAAUAAUUUUUUCAAAAAUACUAUGAAUUUGAAGAACGAUUUAACUUAUUUUUCACUUGUAGUCCUAAAAAAUAUAAAAUAACUUUUGACCUAAACUAAUUUAUCAUUACAAUAGUCUAUUGGAGUACUUUCUUUAGUGUUCUUUCAGAAUCUAUAGUAAAAAUGAAUAUAUAUUUAGGCUAUCGAAAAUAGCUCAAUCAUACAAAAUGAUAAAAUACGUUAAUAAAUAGCUCAUUAACUGCCUGUAUAUGCUUUUUUAUAUACAAUAUCUUCUUAAAUGUAUUAAUUUUUAAAUAUUUUAGAUGUUAACAAAUAAAUAAAAAUUUAAUUUGGAUACUUUUAUUUAUAUUUUUAAUAAUUAUUCCGUCAUUAGUUCUAGUAGGAUACCAUUUGAAUCUCUUUGGAAAUUAUGAUGGAUUUUCAUAGGAUUAUAUAGGAGUUGGGUAUUGCAUAGUAAGUAUUGCAAUUUUUAUAAAUUCUCUUAUAAAUAGAGGGUUUUUAUAUUUUAUUAAGAAAGUUUCAUCGGCAGUUAUUGCUACAUUAUUUAAUUGUAGUUUUUGUGUAUUGGUGUCAUAUUUCAUACUUUUUAAAAUAGUAGCCUUUAUAUUAUUGAUUUAAUCAGUAAGAUUAGAAUAUAUUAUUGAUAAUAUUACAUCAAUAAUUGCACCAUCAACCUUUUUAGUUAUUUUAUUUUUUUCAAUAUUCCUACUUAAAGGAUUAUUCAAUUUACCAAAGAAGACAAUUAAAUAUGACUUAUAUUAGCUAUCAUUAUUAAAAUAUGCAGAUUAAGAUAUAAAAAAUGAGUAUCCUAAUUAUAAAAUGAAUAAAAAGGCAAUAAAUAUAUUUGGAAAAUUAAAACUCUAAUAUAUUGUUCCAAUUUUAAUUGCUAUUUGUUACGCUACAAUUGAAAUCUUUUGUUAUGCCAAUUUAAUAAUUGGAUUAUAAACUUAUGAUUUUGAAUAAAUUAUCACUUUUGGAUUUUUACUAUUAGCUAUACCAAUUUUUAUAAUUUUUGGAAUAUGUAUAAGUAAUACAAGAUUCAAGAGGUAGAACUUAUAUCUAUACACACCUUUAUUAUUAGGUGCUGUUUUUAGUGUUAUAUGUAUUAAAGUAUGGAGUGUUACAAUAGAAAACGAAUAUAUAAAAUCAAUUUCAAGAUUAAUAGGUAUAUGUCCAUUAAUAAUAUCAUUGAUGUGGCUUACAGUAGGAUUUUUUAGAUCAGAAAAAAGAAAUUAAAAACUAUUUGUAAUGCUUUUUUCAUGUUAUUCCUUUGCUUUACCUUUUGGAAUUUUCUUAACUUUUUCUGAAUAUUUUGAUGAUUUUGGAUUAGAAAUAGGAGCUUAUGUAUUAGCUAGUAUUGGAUUGAUUCCAAUAUUACUUCUUAUAAUUUAUUAUAUUGUUGUAGUGAUAAUCUAUUUAAUAAAAUUACCUAAAUAAGCAGAAAAUCUAUAAUUUAUUGCUUUUGAGUAUAUAAACUUAAAGAAUUAUGCUAUUUGGUAUAAUUCUAUAUGCUAUGUAAUAUCAUUUUAUUUAAUUUGCUAUUUUGCAUGGAAUGAACCAAUCACAGCCACAGGAACUAAAAAAGGAACAGUAAAAUUAUUAUAUAUAAAAUUUAGAUAAUUGGAUUAUUAAGUAUUCAUUCAGUUUUAUUUAUUUUAACAAGUAAUGCUUUAUCUAUUGAAGUAAAAGAGUAGACAUAAUAAGAUAUUGAUGAAUAAUAGAAUUUAACUUAUUCUUAAAAGUUCAAAAAUAGAAUGUAAGAUAGUACAACAGUUGGUAUAAUACUUCCAUUUAUAGUUUUAUUACCAAUAGGUUUAUCUGUUGAUAGUGAAGUAGCUAAAAAUGCUUUAUUAGCAAAUUCAAUUGGAAUACCAUUAUCAUUUUUAUAUUACAAAUUUUAGAUUUCAUUAAAAUAAGAAUCAUUCAAUUAUUAAUUAUUCAUUCAACCACUUGUAGUUAUUUUAGGUUGGACAUUUAUAAUAGGUCCUAUUGGAACUGUAUUUCCAAUUGUUGCUGAUUAUUUUGAGAAUUCAUCUCCAGAAUUUGCUUUAUUUGCUUAAUUGGCUGUUGCUUAUUCUAUUUUAAUCAUCAUUAUAAGUGUAACAGUUCUAUCUAUAUUUUAUUCUGUUUUGUUAAAUAAAGAAUAACUUGAAAUGAAAAAGAAAGAAGUACUUAAGAAAGUAAUGAGUGAAUUUGCUGAUAAUGGUGUUUAUGCAACUGAAGAAAUUUCAUCUUUAUUAUUUGUGAGAUUUGUUCAACAUAGAAAUUCUAUAAAAUUAGAAAAAGAUUUAAUCAAAGGUGAUCCUAUUAAUAUGUAUGAGCAUCCAGAACCUAGUGAAAAUAAUAAUAUAAAAAAUAUACUUGUAACAAAAUAAGAUUAUGAAAAUAAAAUGAAAUUAGAAUAAAUAUAAGAAAGUAAAAGAUAAAAAAUAAGAUAAUCUUUUAGUGCAAAUUAUACAGAUAUAUAAUCUUAAACUUCUGCAGAUACAAUAAAAUAAUAAAAUUAAGAAGAACAUCAUGGAAUUUUAUCUAAAAUGCAAGAUUGUUUGUUUUCAUGUUUUUUGUGUAGAUUUGGAUAUUAUGAUUUAGAGUAAAUAGAAUUAAAUGAAAAUAAUAAAAAAAAAGAUUUAGAAGAAAUAGAAAAGUUUUUUAAAAUAGAAUAAGAUAAAAUAAAUAAAAGAACAAAAAUAAGAAGAGAAAAAAGAUAAUCAACUUAUUUAGUAGAGGAUCCAAAAUUAGGUGAUGAAUAUAAACCAAUAAAAGAAAAGCAUUAACAUAGAGUAGAAAGAUUUUGGAUAGCUGUCUAUAAUUUAUUAUUGGAUUAAGGUGAUUUCUCAAAAUUAUUAGAGAUCUUAGCAUUAGAAAAAGAUUAUGAAAUAUUAAAAUAAUAUGAAAGUUUUGAAGAAGAAGAUGAUAAAUUUACAAUAUCAGAAGAAGAUUUUGCUUUAUUAAUUUAUGAUAAUUUUAAAGACAAAUAAAAUUCUUAUUCAGAUAUUCUUUAAACAUUAGCAUAGACUAAUUUCUUUUAUUUAAUUAAGUUAUAUCCUGAAUUAUAUAAAUUUAUAACAAAAUUUAAGAAUGCUUAAAGUGCAAUUUAAUAUGAAAACCUUAAAUAAAGUUAAAAAUUUAAUGAUGAAAGAUAAUGUUUGGUUAAAAUAAAGAUUCAUAAAAAUGAAUUAGAUGAAUAAUAAUAAGAAAAUGAAUAACUUUAUUAAAAAUAUAAAUUAAAAUUACAAGAAACAGAAAAUAAGUACAAAAUAAAAACACCUCAUGAUUAUGAAAAGUGGAUUUGGAAUGCAUGUAAAUCUAUUCAUACAGCAAUUUGGAUAACACCUAAAAAAUAUACUUAAAAUCUUAUGAAUCAAUUAGCAGAUCUAUAUAGUAAAAUUGCACCUAUUUAACCAAAACCAAAUCCUAUAAGUGAAGAUUGGACUAGAAUAGCACCAAAAAUAUGCAAUUGUUUAGUUGAUGAAUUUAAUAGAUUUGAUAGAAAAGCUAAUGAAUAGGAAUUUCAUUUUUAGAUUACAAUCACAAAUUGUUUAGCAGUUGUGUUAAGAAUUUAUGAUCUAUAUGGAUUAAUAACAUUAGCAUUUGAUUCUCAAGUAGGAUGGUUUGGAGAUGGAUCUUAAUUUAAACCUAUAAAAACAGUAGAUUAUUCAGCUAUUUGGAGUGAAUAUAACUUUUUCUUUUUUAUGGCUCUUUUGAUGAGUAUUGCUUAUAUAGUUUUAGGAUUAUAAGCUAGUAAAUAAAUAGCAGAUAAUUCAUUUGGUUAUAAUGAAGAUGGAUCAAUAGCAGGAAUCAAAAGUUUAAGAUUUUGGUUGAGUAAAACUAUUUAAAUUAUUAGCGGAUAAUUUAUAUUUGUAAUGAAAACAUAUAUUGAUGCUUUUAUUUGUGAUUAUAGUGAAUAUCCAUAUAUUUUAGUAAGAUAACCCUCAGUAGAAUGUAUGAGUGAUUUACACUUUUUAUAUAUAACUUUGGCGAUAGUAGGUUGUGGAAUUUAUUAUCCUUUGUCAACAUACUUAUAACCUACAUUUCAAUUUAUGGAUCGUUCUUUAGAUUUAAAAUAUAAAUCAAAUUUUGUAGUGUUAUAUAUACAAGCAAAAUUAUUGAUUUUAGGAUCAAGCUCAGUAUUUUCAAAUUUGUAAGAAUCAGCUUAUUUAUAUUAAAUGCUUUUCUCAUUUCUAGUGAUGGGUGCUUUAAUUUAUUUCCAUUUCAGACUUGAUCCUUCAUAUAUCAAAUGGUUUAAUGUUGUAGACAGAUGUUUAUUACUAAUCUUAUGUUAUGUAUUUAUAUUUAUAAAUAAUAGUUCUAUUUUGGAGCAUUCGUUAUAUUGGUUAGUAAAAAUAUUUUAGUUGGAUGGGUAAUAACUUUAAUAUUUACUGUUUCUACAUUAAUAUACCUAACUUAUUUUUUGAUAAAAGAGCGCAUUAAUUAUAAGAAUAAAUAAUAAACAUAAGUAAGACCAAUUGAAUUCUAAUAAACCCAUUCAAUUAGAGCCUCUUGA